CAGCUGUUUCUGACGUUCACGGUUUCGGUUCUGUCUGCUGGUUUUUAAUUUUUUUUAUUUUCUUCAUUAAACACCCGCCGUCAUGUCCGACGAUCUGCGCGCUGAGCUGGAGAAAUAUCUGCAAAGUUUAAACAUCCAGACGAGCAGCGUGGAACACCCACCGGUGUUCACAGUGGAGGAGAUGAUGCCUCACCUGCAGGAAGUCAGCGGCGCCGUCACUAAGAACCUUUUCCUGAAGGACAAGAAGAAGAAAGGCCUGUGGCUCGUGUCGGCUCGCCAUGAUCGACAGGUGAACCUCAGCGACCUUGCCAAGAAGCUCGGUGUCGGCAGCGGAAACCUGCGAUUUGCAGACGAGGCGACGAUGCUGGAAAAACUCAAGGUGGGUCAGGGCUGUGCAACAGCUCUCGCUCUGCUCUUUGAUAAGGACAAGAGUGUAAAGUUUGUCCUAGACCGAGACCUGGUGGAAGGAGGUCACCAGAUGGUCUACUUCCACCCAAUGACCAAUGCCGCCACCAUGAGGCUCCGACCAGAUGACCUGAUUCGCUUCCUCAAGGAGACGGGACACGAACCCACACUAGAGACCUUUGAGUAGGACGGGGUAAAGAUCUGAACCUGGAUCUGGAUUAUACCUGGAAACAAACAUCCUGCAGGGAUCAGACAGAAACAUGAACCAGUGAAGUAGUGGAGCCGUUAAAACCAGUUUAGAACAAGAAAUGUGCAAAAUGUGAAACAAGCACCAGAUUUGUUGUAGUUGUUCCCCAGAGUCAUCUGAACAGUUCUGUCCAUUUGGUCAUUUAAAAAUCCAGGAUAGUGAAUUUAUUAUCAUAAUAUUAUUAAUUUACUCAUACAGUAUGUGUUACUUUCAUAGUACAAGGUACUGAAAGAAGAAAUCAAAGACUG